AUGCACAGAGGUCUUCUUCGAGCGCUUGAGGAGGCCAUCCAAAAAGAGCCAAUUGAUCAGGACGAGGUCAGCGCCUGUGCCGAACGUCUUCGAGCAGAACUGGAAUCCACAAAUGCAAAGAUAGGAGACGAGCUGACCGUUUUGUAUAACAAGAUGGUUAAUUCUGUUGAACGAGAGGUCUCCUUCUUGGAAGCUUUGAUUGUGCUCAAAGACUACGUUAAGAAUCUGGAUGUUUGGACUGCAAAAUACGCUGAGAUUUCAAUAGACUCAGCUGGCCUGAAUCUUCGCCUGACUAAGCUCGCUACGGAACUGGUAGAAUGGGCCAUGGAUCGCGAUCUGGCCCGAUUUUUUGUCCAAAAGUAUUUACAGACAUUUGACGUACCAUCUGAUAUAUCAUUCGAAGACAACGAGAAGCAUAGAUUCCGUCGACUGAACAUACGAAGGAUCUUAUCAUCUUAUAUCAAAGUGGAUGCUCCUGGGUUGUUCUCCAUUUUAGCAGACACUUUAGUCACAAAGGACCUCCAAACACUUGCGCUUUUUCAGAGUAUUAUGGAAUGCCCUCUCAAUGCCCAAUUUGAAAGCCUGCCCUUAUUCGAGCGCUUGUUAGACGUGCUGGAGAGAUGCGACUCUUCGGUGCAAGGGUGUGCCCUUAAUGCGCUUUGUGUAUUGGCACCGAUGGUGGUAAGGUCCUUCAAGGAACAGUUUGGCAGGGUGAGCGAUAUCUUUGUAAAACUCGCAGACGAAAAUGUGGAGUAUAUGCGGCUUGGAGGGCUUCUAUAUGCUGUUUCACCACAGCAGUUCAUAUCAACGGUAAAAAAUCGGCUCGCUACCAAAUCGAAAAACAUCUUGACCAAUAUGCGUUUGCACCCUGCUUUACUGGAAGGACAGGAAAUUGAGCAGGAGGAGACAAUCGAGCUGAUGAAGUCCUAUGUAUCAGAUUUUGGGAAGGCCCAAGCGAUAGAUCUUGAACACCUGCUGGAUGAUUACAAACAUGUUUUCGCCAAGAGCGAGGAAAAAGAGGAACUUUCUGAGCCAAUGCAGUUUUAUCAACGCGAAAUGUUGAUUUUGAGCAAUGAGCUCAGUUUUUCCGAGUACGUUCGACAUGCGCUAGCUAUGGAGCGCAAGAAACCAGAUCCGAAGGAAGUUAGACUCAAAAUUGAGGUCACUAACCCAAUUGCACCCACGCCACGGUCUGCAACCCCGGAAAGGAAUAUGGAUGAGGGACUGAUUUUGAAAAACAACGAAAAAUUGCGGGCAGAAAUUCUACUAUUGACAAGCGAAGUGGGCCAGCUUCGUGAACAGAACCAAGCACUAGAACUGCAAGUUAUGGACAGGGAUAAAUCCCUCGGUCCCUUAAGGGAAGAAUUAAGUAAGCUCAGAAACAAGACCAUUUAUUUGAAAGAGGUCAACACCGCUUUGGAGGAGAAAUUGGACUCCGCAAAGUGGAGCUCAACGGAUACAUUGGCGGAACUUACAUCAGACUCUGCUGACAACUUGCAGUCUCAGGAGAAAUUAGAAAAGAUAGCCAAAUAUCGUGAACAACAAAUAGCUCAUAUUCAUGAAAGCUAUCAAAGCGAAAUCAGGGAAUUAGAGCGUGAAAUAGACUCCCUACGUCUUGAAAAGCGAGAAAAAUCGAAUGAGAUUGUGCGACGACAAGUAUCGCUGUUCCAAAGUAAACUAAAAGAGUACGAAAUGUUAAACGAACAACUAGAAAAACAGAUACAAACUCAAGAAAAAUAUCUCAUUCAGUUGAGAUCCACACAACCAAUUCAGAUCCCACAGACAACACCAGCUAGACCCCUCCUGUCUCCCAACGGCUACGACUCUUCAAACAGCAUCUACAAAAACGAGGAAAAUUUUAUGCUCAACAGAGUGAGAAAAGCUAGAUCGACCGAGUUUACAGCUUCGAACUAUAGUUCUUCAGAACGUCAAAUGAAUCCAUCCGGAUUUAGCUUUAGUAUUCGUCGCCACGCCAAUCCUACAAUUGAUACUUCCAAUAUAGCCGUUAAAGGUCGUGGAGGAAUUCAAAAUAAAGCAAAGCUAAAAAUGUAG